CGCCGGGGGGCCAGCACAACCCCUGCCGCCACGCCUACCACCGGCCGCCGCGCUGCGAGUCGAGCCUGCACGGCUACAAGAUGGACGUCUUCUGCUCCGGCGGCGUGCACAAGGUGUCGCGGUCUCGGAGCCACAAGGUGAAGACGGCCAACGUGACGCUGGUGCUGUGCUUCUGGCCGGAGGACACCUUGGACCCGGCCUUGCUGACCAGCUUCCCGCGCCUGCACCGCCUCGAGGUGACGGAGAGCAACGUCACGGAGGUCCUGGACUUCCCCUACCACGACCACCUCGAGGAGCUGGUGUUGUCCGGGCUGCGCUUGACGUGGCUGAGCGAUGACGUGUUCUCCGGGCUGCGCCGCCUGCGCGUGCUGGACAUCAGCCGGAACCAGUUGAGCGUGCUGGGGAGCGCCACGCUGCUGCGCCCGCCCAGCCUCAGGAGGGUCAUGUUGGGAGGCAACCCCUGGCGCUGCACCUUGGCGUUGGCCUGGUUGACGGAGCUGCGGAGCGUCACGCUGGUGGACGAGGACGCCAUGCAGUGCGGCGCGGCGCUGCACCCGAGGAGGCCCGUCAUGACCGUCAUGGCCCUGCUCAAGCGCGUGGCGGCCGAGUGCCCCGCGGACGACGCCUGCUCGUGCGAGCUGACACGCCUCGUCCGGGACGCCAGGAACGACGCCCCGGCCAAGGCCAGCGAGCUGGUGCCCAUCAUCACGGUCAACUGCAGCUACCGCGGCCUCGGCGCCAUGCCGGGCUCGCUGCCGGCCAACACCACCACGCUCCUGCUGCGCGGCAACAAGAUCAGCAGCGUGCGGCCUCUGGUGGACAGGCACGCCAGCGUGCUCGACGUGUACCUCGACAACAACGCGGUCGAGUCCAUCGCCGACCUGGAGGGCUCCCCGUGGCUCACUAACUUCAGGGUGCUCAGCCUCCGGGCCAACAAGCUGCAGCAGUUGCCGACGUACGCGCUGGACAACGCCCUGGAGAGGAACGAGCACGCCGUCAGGGUGUACCUGGGGCUGAACCCGUGGCUCUGCGACUGCCAGUUCAUGCCGACGUUCCAGGAACUCCUCGCCAAGUACAAGUCCCUCAUCGCCGACUGGGACGACAUUCGGUGCGCCGAGGUGGAGGGUGACGACAACUCAAUGAAAAAGAUCCACGGCUUGAGCCGCAGUGCAGUGUGCAGGGAGGAGCCCCAAGUGACUGCGCUGGACUUGCUGAACGGCGCUUUGGGGGCCUCGCUGUUCGCGGUGCUGGCCAAGCUGUCCUACGACUACUGGCAGUACCGCCAGUACGGCAGGCUGCCCUGGAUCGCCACCAAGCUCCCUUAGGCCACACCGUGACACCGUGCAAGCGCAUAAAAGUAAGACAGGCACUUUAUUCAACUUGUUUUUCUUUUUUCAGUCGCGACACACUCAACAUUACAAAACCAUAAAACUUGUGUAAAGUAAAUAAAAUAAAUAAUUGUAAAAAUAAUAAAUUAAAUAAAUAAACCACUACUUGUGGAAACAGACAC